AUUCCAUGUCAUUGUAUUUCAAUGCAUUCUCCACUUUUUUGUCUCCCGGGUAAUUAUUUUACCAGCAUACGAUUACAUACAGAGUAACAGACUGAGGAAAAGUGAUAAUGUCAUUUGAUUUAAUUUAGGCCUUACAAUCUCCAAUUGUUCAAUUAUUUUCAUUUCUUAAGAAGCAACAAAAAAAUGAAAUUGAGUGAAUCUAGGAUCAUCAGAAUCGCCGCCGCGCUAGCGGUGCUCUCCAUCUUCUUGGCUUUCCGGUUAAAGGAUUUGUUUGCCCCGCCCACCAUCCCGGGCUCCCAAAACCUCUUCCACACGGCCGAUGUCCUCCACGUCGACGGCUCCCUUGGACCGGAGAGUAUUGCAUUUGACCCGACCGGAGAUGGGCCCUACACCGGCGUUGCUGACGGUCGGAUUCUCAAGUGGGAAGUGGAUGCGGAUGGAAGAAGUGCUGGCCGUUGGGUUGACUUCGCUGUAACCUCUUCCCAAAGGAAGGAUUGUGUGCUCCCAUUCGCUCCUGAACUAGAGCACAUAUGUGGGAGGCCACUGGGCUUAAGGUUUGAUAAGAAAACUGGAGACCUAUAUAUUGCUGAUGCUUACUUGGGCCUUAAUGUCGUUGGGCCUACCGGAGGACUAUCCACACCGCUGGUUAAAGAAGUUGAUGGACAAACUCUUCUCUUUACCAAUGAUAUGGACAUAGAUGAGGAUGAAGAUAUCAUUUACUUCACUGAUACAAGCACAAGGUUUCAGCGCAGGCAAUUUAUGACAUCGAUCUUAAGUGGAGACAAGACGGGAAGGCUGAUCAAAUACAACAUAACAAGCAAAGAAGUGACAGUUCUAAUGGAAGGCAUUGCUUUUUCCAACGGGGUAGCAUUGAGCAAAAAUGGAUCUUUUGUGCUUGUAGAUGAGACCACUACCGGUAAGGUGUUAAGAUAUUGGCUUAAAGGAGCCAAUGCUGGAAAGCACGACAUCUUUUCUGUCUUGCCGGGAUUUCCAGACAACAUAAGGAGGAAUUCAAGAGGAGAAUUCUGGGUUGCUUUGCAUUCAAAAAGAGGACUUCUCGCUGACUUGUUCGUGUCAUAUCCAUUGAUCGGGAGAACAAUGUUAAAGCUUCCAUUGAGCUUUAAGCAAUUGCACUACUUACUGGUAGGGAAGCCUCAUGCGUCUGCUAUGAAGCUCGGGGAAGACGGGAAAGUCAUGGAGGUGUUAGAGGACAUUGAAGGGAAAACCUUGAAGUUCAUAAGUGAAGUGGAGGAAAACGGGGAGGGGAAGUUGUGGAUUGGCUCGGUGUUGAUGCCUUUCAUCGGAAUCUAUCAACCCACAUGAGGUGAAGUGAAGUCAUCAUUACAAUUGUUGGUUGUAAUACCUUUUUUUUUGAAGAUAUGUGGGGGUGUGCUAAUUCCCUUUCUUUUGUUCUGUUCAUUUAAGUGUGAAACAUUCCCUAAACUGUUAUGUUUGAUCAUUAAUUCAUGUUGUUAUACAAUCUCAAGCUAAACUUCCCUAAAUCGUUAUGUUUGAUCAUUUAAUGCUAGAGAUUUGGUGGUUGAGGCAUCAGCCACUCACAGGCUUCCACAUUAGCAUAGCUAACUGCUCACUGGUGGUAUAAAUAAUAACAUUUAUUUAAUUGUAAAGAGUUGACAAUUUAUUUGCCUUAGCACUCUAGUUUAUACCUAGCUCUUACUCGCAGCUCAUCUACUAAUUUGUAAGACGAACAGCCACCGAGCCUUAGCA